ACAGGGGUUGGCAUCCAAGACAUCCUGCAGUGUCAGAUUGACUUCGCUGGGACAGAUGCAUUAAUUGAUUAUUCCAAGCUCACCUUGUGUGCUAGGCAGCAGAACAUUCAGAUCCUCCCAAUGUUUGCGAGCGCAGUGAUUAUCUUUGCGCACCUGAGCCUGGGUUCCGGUGCCUUCCUCCGCCUCAAUGGCCCGAUCAUCAACGACAUCUUUCUGGGGAAGAUAACAUGCUGGAAUGACAGCCGAGUGCAGCAGCUAAAUCCCUCUCUCAACCUCCCCACAAAGCCGAUCCUGAGGGUUGUGAGGGAUGGAACGAGCGGGACGACACAGACCAUGACAAAUGCCAUGGCA